GUUCGAUUUUCAUAGCAAAACAUCUCGGCCUUGCCAAGAAAACGAGCGAUCCAACGAGGACACAAGAUGAAGUGGCAGACCUUACUCCAACCCAGCCACCCCAGCUGUCAACCACUCAUCUCAGAUGACUCAAAACUUUGUUUUCUCGCUGGACUACCUCCCUCGAUCCACGUCUAUUCUACUGAAUCGAACCUUUCAAUCUCAAGUUUUAACAUACCCGAUCCACCCCAAAAAUCUAGAUUAAUCAAGAUUCUCAGACAUCCCAUCUCACCCCAACGCCUUCUCAUCCUAGUCUCCUCAACCGGACAGAUUUACUUUUAUAAUUUCAUCGAAAAUGCCCUCAAAGCCACAUAUCAAACCAACUUAUCCAUCACUCAUGCUGUCAUUCGGAACUCGCCCACGCCCUCUGGUUCAUGGUCAAUCGAUCAAUCAAAUUCCACAUCAUUAACCCUGCUGCUGAUCACUAAAAAAGCAGCCUCAGAGUCACAAAAACUGAAAUCCAAAGGUCCACCUACAGGCACGAGGGACAAGAAUCGCGAACGGGCAGCCGUCUAUGCUGUCAAGCUCGAAAAUUCAUCGUCUCUCGAUCAGCCAAACCGACCGAUACAGAAAAUCAAUCUCCUCACAAUCGAUCCCGUCUCUGCUUUCUCUUCAAGUCCUUGUGGAAAUUGGCUUGGUCUUGUGACGGGUCUAAAUAUAUGGAUCAUCAGAUUAAAGCCAUUCGAUUUGUUUGACCAAAUCGAUGACCAAGAAUUAUCUAAGAAGGCGAGGUUCGAAACGCUGCAUUUGGCAGCCCCCGAGCCGAUCACUUGCAUCGCCUUUCCAGCCAAGACUCAUGCCGACCACUUCGACUCCUCGCAACCUCCAUCGAGCGAUGUGUCAUGUGUGCCAUGCGAUUUCUUUGCGACGGGAUCGAGUUCAGGAAAGAUUGCACUUUGGCAUGCCUUAUCAGAAGCUCAGUGGACGACGCUUGCUGAAUUAGCUACUCGGACCCCAGGGACCGCUCUCCCGUGUCCUACAUCGUUAUCCCACUGGCAUUCUCACGCCGUGGCUGAUCUGACGUUUACUCGCAAUGGAUCCCAUCUACUGAGUGGAGGAGAAGAGGCCGUAUUAGUCCUAUGGAGAUUAGAAGACUUCAGUGGAAUCGGAUUGGACUCCAAAACUUUCUUGCCCCGAUUAGGCACACCAAUCUCGAGUAUUUCUUUGAUCGAGAAAGUAGACGUCAACGAACCUGGUGCAUUGGUUACUGGUCUAGAUGGAACUCUAAUGAUCGUCAACAUUGCGACGAUGAGCCUCUCGAAAACUUUGAAAUUGCCUAAAAUGUACCAACUACCAAGCGUUUACAAACAUCCCAAAAAGAAGGCUAUUAUCUCACCGAUUUGCUCCCCAGAAUCUUCUCAAGGCCAUGUCAAGUCUUAUGGUAAUCUGCUUUUGCAGUCCUCUUAUCCUUGUGGGUUACAGAUCCUAGAUGGUGGUUCGGGAAGAGUCUUAAGUGAGAUCUUUGUGAGGCCGAGGAAUAUCGUCAGUCGGCGAGGUGAACGACCGAUCGUUGAGCCCAAGCUAUUGUUUGCUGAGCUGGGUGGGAUCAAGGAUAAAUACUUGGCUACUAUCGAUAGUUGGGUGGAUGAGGAUCGUGGAUUUUCUCUCGAAAUCACCCUCAAGCUUUGGGAAAGGGUUCAAGAGGGAAAUUCGGAUGGAUUCCAAGUGAUCGCUCGAGUCGAUAAUCCACACGACGACUCUCAAAUCACUUCAUUAAAGUUAUCCACUGACUUGAUUCCUAAAAUUAUUACGACUUCGAUCGAUGGGACAAUCAAGAUAUGGAGCUCAUCCUCAACUAGUCCACAUCUGAUUACUGUCCCAACCGCGAUCACGCCUAUGACGACCACAUUACCCAAAAGUAAAAAAUUACAAUCGACUUCUGGAAAAGAGUUCGAAAACCUCAAGUCGAUCAAAUUAAAGCUUAAGAAUUACAGCAUCUCUAAAACGGUGAUUUCGAAGGACAACUCGAUCUUCGUCUCUUUACAUAAUGCCCCCGGUCGGAAUGUCAUCUCGAUUUGGGAUCUAAAACAUUUCACGUUUUUAAAGAGCUUUAACUUGAACUCUUUUGGCUCUCUAACUCAUCGUCUGCCUCAAAAGUUCCUCAUUAAAGAUCUCGAAUUCAUGGGCGAUAAACAUCAGUUCAUCUUUUUUCUCGGGAAUUUUGGCUGUGGUUUAUUUGAUUUACUAACCGGUUCUGAAAUCGGAUUUUGGUCAUGUGUGCCUCAAUUUAUGGUCAAGACACCCGACGAUAAUAAGGUGGUAGUAAUACACACACAGACCUCUGGGGACGAAGACACCAAGGGGAAAACUUCAGGAGAGAAAGAAGGAGAGAGAGAGAAGAAAAAAGGCAAAUCGAAAAUCGACAAGUUGGCAAUUAUCGAUGUUGUCUCUAAGAAGACUAUUGUGAAUCACAAGAUCAAUAAUUCCCCUUUUUCAGGGCAAUUCAUCGCCAUCAAAGCUGGCUCAGAGCAGAAGGAUUCAUCUAAGAAAGAUGACAUUUUAGAUGGUUUGGUUUUGAUCACCGAGACCUCGGGUUUGAUCCGGGGUGGAGAGGCGGUUGAUGAUCAAACGUCUUCGAGUAUCGAUCAAGCGCUACGGAUCGAACAAGAGCUUGGGAUUUCGACUCAGUUGCCUUUCCAAGAGCUCUUCCAGAAGAAACUUGACCAUCGUCAAUCUGACCUUCAACUUACUCAGCUCGAUCGCGGCCAGACUAAUAAUGACCAGGAAUUGGAUUUCGAGUUCGAUCGAUUGGUCGAUAUCUCGCCCCAUCUCGUCCCGCCUAGUAGGCUCCUUUGGUCAUCUCUCAUCCGCCCAUCUAAGCGCCCAACUCACACCCCAAAUCAAUUGGCUCAAACAAAUGGGGUUUCUUCGCAAUCUCAACAAGACCACUCUCUUCCAGCAACCCAUCUCCUCUCUACCUCCUCAGAUUCUUCCUACUCCCUCGAUCAUCGGAUCCCUCUGCUCAAGUUUAACCAGCUCUUGCUCUCCAAGCUUAAUCACGAUAUACCCUUGGAGCCUCUCCAAGUGCACGAAGUCUCAUUGUCUCAAUAG